AUGCAAGAACAAAGGCAAGCCAGUCAUCAACGCCGACGUCGUAAUGCUCUUAACGAAACCAAAUAUUUGGAAUUAGUUUUAGUCAACGAUAAGCGAUCCUACGAUUUAUUUAAUGGUAAUUUGACAACACUGGAAAGUCAUACUAUUCAAAUUGCUAAUGGCGUUGAUCUACGUUACAAAACCAUUCAAAUUCGUGUAGCAUUAAUUGGUAUCGUUACAUGGUCUGUGCAAGAUCCAAUUACAGUCACGGCAGACGCUUCGGCAACACUAACCAAGUUUGCUAAUUAUUCACGCCUAGUCUUAAAAUCUAUUCAUGCUUAUGAUAGUGCUCAACUCUUGACUGGAAUCAGUUUAACCGGAAAAUCAGUAUGCUAUUUAUUCUAUCUAGGUCUAGCCUAUGUCUCAACUAUGUGCCUAUCCAAUGCAGUGGGUAUUUCCCAUAACUCCAAAAAUGUUGAUCAAGUUGCCGCUAUCCUUUCUCAUGAAAUUGGGCACGUUUUCGGUAUGAAUCAUGAUACUGGACGAACUUGCACCUGUGUUUAUAAACCUAGUAGUGCCAAGAUAUGCGUUAUGUCUAGUGUACUCUCGCAGCCCUAUCCGCAAUCAUUUUCAAGUUGUAGUGUUGCAGAUUUAAAUAAGAGCCUACAGGAAGGAUUAGGCUCCUGCUUAUUUAAUCAACCUACAAAAUUAGCAACAGCACCAAAAUGUGGUAAUGGAUUCGUUGAAGUAGGAGAAGAAUGCGAUUGUGGCUCGGUAGCAGAAUGUACUAAUCAAUGUUGUAACGCCACAACGUGUAAACUCCGUGCUUCAGCAAAGUGUGCUUCAGGUCCUUGCUGUCAUAAUUGCCAGUAUAAAGCAAAAUCAAUACUCUGUCGUGGAGCGAUCAAUGACUGUGAUCUGCCAGAAUAUUGUAGUGGUAAGUCAGAAUUAUGUCCAGCUAAUAUGGUAAAACAAAAUGCGCUACAAUGCUCCAGAAAUACUGGUUAUUGCUAUAAUGGGGCAUGCUUAACCAUUGAUGCACAAUGUCGAACACUAUGGGGACCACAUAGUGCAGAUGCAGCUAGUAUUUGUUGGAAUCGGCUUAAUGUUAUGGGAAAUCAAUAUGGAUAUUGUAAGAGAUCUAGUAGUGGAGCUUAUACUGGUUGUAGUGCAGCCAAUGUUCGUUGUGGUAAACUACAUUGCUGGACUAAUGCUUCAGCGCCAGUAAUAGGUGCUACUUGGAGAUUGGCAACAGUUACAUUUACUCAGGUAGUGGAGAAGAAGAUCGCUCAAAUACCAUGUAAGAGCAUUUCAAUCGAUUUAGGUAAUGAUAUUCCUGAUCCAGGUAUUGUCAUCGAUGGAACCAAAUGUGGUCAAGAAAAGAUUUGCUUUAAUAAUGAGUGCCAAAAUAUAAAAUCAGUCUUAAAUAUCAAAGAAUGCAACCCAGCUAACUGCUCUAAUCAUGGAAUUUGUAACAGUAAUGGCAAUUGCCAUUGCAAUGCUGGAUAUGCUCCUCCUGAUUGUAGCCAAUCAGGUAAUGGCGGUAGUAUUGACAGUCAUGGAAAUCAAACAACUGUAAAUCCUAGUGUAGGUUAG